AAAAAAUUGUUUGCCCUCCUUCUCCAUCCACGCCUCCUCUUCCUCCGACGUCGAUUCGUCGUCUCCGCCGCCCCUCAGAAAUCAAUCUUCGUCGCCGCCGACCUUUGCCCGCCGAUGAGCUCUUCUGCAAGGGCCAGAUCCUCCCCUUCCACCUGUCUCUCCAUGGUCUGCGCCCUCCUCCCGCUCCAACUGAGAGGGAUAUCUAUGGCUAAGUUUAAUUGUGAAAAUGCACUCAUUUGCCUUUUUAUUGCUGAGUACAGUGAUGUUUCCGCCCAUCGACUAUCUUUGUCCGAACCAAAGCCAUAUAUCAACAGGUCCCCCACCGACACACCAAUCUCCUCAUCGGGUGGAUGGCAGGGAGGAGGAGGCUUACGGGAGGGCGUUUGUGGCAAUAAACUGACGCAACCCCUAGCUAUUGCCGCUCCGAGCCAAGAGCAGUGCGGCCACCUGAAGCGACUGGGCGACGAUGAGGCGGUUGCGUACAGGUCGGCAUUUGCUGUGAUCCACAGAUGGUGGUUGAACGAAGAACAUUACUUGAGACUCUCGGUUAACUACUUUGUCUUCGAUAUUGGUUCAGCCGUUGUCUUCAUGGAUUGUUCUCAUGGUUCAGGAAAAGAUGGUGAUAUUAGAAGAUAUCUUUUGGUUGUAGCAACAGCUGCCAAGGCUUAUGGUUUCUUGGAUAUCGAGUUCGGCACCGACAUGUCUGUUAUACCAUGAUAGAAAGUAACAGUGGAAUAAACCUGAGCUGCUGAAGGCUUAUGUUUGGCUUCAAACUUGUGAUGGUUCAAUCCAGUAAGUGAAGGGAGUGGUUGCCAUGUUUUGUCCAUUUAUAUGUCGAGAAAUCCGAUCUGGCGUGGCAUCUUCUCAAACUUAUCCAAUUUCUCUUCCACCACGGGUUAAUCCUCCUACAUUGAGGCUGAUCUUUUACUACUAUCUGUUCCAUCAAGUACCAGGAGCUCUAACAAGGUUAUUAACGCCCUCUAAAAAGGAGAGAAAGAUAUUCAAUAAGAAAUUUGUUCAGAUGUGUACCAAACGGAUUUGUGAGCUAACGUUGGCUGCUGAUAGCCUACACUUGAGGACCCUUAGUGAUCUCACGAUUCGUACACUUGCAAGGGUUAUUGAAGGGAAGUCCCCGAUACGAGAGAUAUUUCAUUUGGCUGAUGAUCUCGCAGAGUUUUUCUGUCAUAAUAUGCUUUUUAAAUGUGUAAAUGCUCUUCUGUUUGUUGGAACGACUCCGGUAUGAUGUGAUUUUGUACAGGCUUGGAGAAAUGCGUGAUUCUUGUCGCUUUAUUGUGUAAAAUUCCCGAGCUUUUUAUAGCUUGAUCCAGAUUCUAGGGUUUCUCGGAAAAUUAUACGUGUUUUAGGAAUAAUGUACUGAUUUGUAUAGCCUAGCCUGGAUCAGUAAAUUUCAUAUUUUUUGAAAUUACAAUCUCAUUUUUUUUAACGAAUUUUGAGAUUGAGAAGAGGUCACGUUUUUUAAUUAUAUACUUUUUUAUUGAGGAAUGAAGGUUAUGGUAUUUGGGAUGAAUGAGAAUAAGGUUUGUUAUGGAUGAGGAUUUACUGAUGAAAGUAGUGAUGUAAUUGCAAGAAACAAAAACCGUGUACAUAGAGUUGGCGCUUGAGAAAAGCCAGGCUUUGAAAUUCACAAUUUGGAUGUUUACCAUCUUCUUAGUUAAUUGGGCAUGUUAGUUGGAUGUUUGAAUAUAGAUUUGCUACUU